AUGACAUUUGUUUGUGAUUGGUUAUCAUUAAGUCUCGGAAUUCAAUUAGCUGUUAGUGAAGCUAUCAAGUCUGGUUUACAUAAUAGCGUUGUAUUUGGAUUCGGUACAUAUAAUUUAUCAUCCGAAAUUAUUGUAUCUUAUGCAAAUAAUUUGACAGUAAUAGGACAAGGAAUUGAUAAAACAUUUUUAAUUGGAAAUUCUCCAUCAUCAAUAUUUUCAAUUAAAUCCUGUCAGGGAUUAAUAAUAACUUCAUUAUCGAUUGAUUUUGAUCCACUUCCAUUUACGGCAGGUUAUGUUGUUAAUCAAGUUGAAGCUAUUUUACGAUAUGAUCCAAUUGCAAUGAGACCAGCUUUUGAUCCAAAUACCUAUGACAUGUAUCAAAGACCACCUCCUAAUACUACUACAAGUCUUGUUUCGCCUGGAGUAUUACGUAUUCCUUUAAAGAAACCAGCAAAAUUUGUUGUACAAGAUCCUAUUGUUGUUCGUUAUGCUUUUCAAAAACAUGUUAUUGCUUCAAUGGACGCACAAGAUCUAACAAUUCAAUCUAUAAAUAUUUAUACAUCUUGGUGUAUGGAUUUUGCUGCUACACGAACAAAACGUUUAAAUAUUAUUGCUUUUAAUGUCGUACCACGGAGUGAACGUUGGAUGAGUAUAAUUAUGGACUGUAUGCAUUUUACAGAUAGUAGGGAAUAUAUUUCAGUAUCAAAUAGUAAAUGUUCAUCAAUGGGCGAUGAUGGAUUAAAUGUACAUGCUAUGUAUUUUAUUGUAAAAAAAAUAAUCAAUUCAACAGCAUUAAUUGUUCAAACAUUAAGUUGGCCUUAUAUACUUGAUGUUGGUAUUGGAACACAUUUAGAAUUCAGUAGUAAUCAACAACCAUUUACUCCUCAUGCAAAAGGGGCAGUAGCUUCAACGAAAAUCUAUGAUUCUCUAUCACAAUUAUAUACUUUUGAUAGUCCGCUGGAUGUAACUGUUAAUGAUUACGUUGUUGUUAGUGAUGCACCACAAUUAACAAUAAGAAAUUUUACUAUUGAAAAUAAUCGAGCAUGUGGAAUUCUUUUAGAAACACGAAAUGUUAAUGUGAAACAAUCAGUUUUUAAUAGAACAAGUGGACCAGCAAUUUUAUUUCAACCAUCACUUCACUGGGAUGAAGGUCCAUAUGCUAUUAAUGUUACACUUAGUGAAAAUCUUUUUGUUAAUAAUAAUGAAGGACUUGCACUUCCAACUAUUAAGAAUGUUCAAAUAACAUCAUCAACAUUUUUAAUUGGAAAUUAUAAUCAAGGUGUUAUACAAUCUUAUAAUGGAAAUAACAUUGCAUUUUAUGGAAAUUAUAUAGCUACAAAUCAUUCUGGACCUCUUAUAUCAAUAUGUAAUACUCGAAAUAUUACAGCAAAUAAUAAUACAGUUGUGAAUAAUCUAACAAAAAUUAAUCAAUAUUAUACUCUUGAUCAAAACAAUCCAUGUUUGACAAAUUUAAGUAGUCUCAUUGAUUUACCUCCAUCCGCUUUUAAUUCAUCAUUUCCUCCACCAGUCACCUUACCAAAAUUAUUAAUUGAAGAUAAUCAAUAUUACUUUAUGAAAAAAAAAGUCAAUGAUGAAAAUAAUUAA